ACGCGGCCCGCGCAGUCGGCGAAGUUGGGCGGAACAUGGCGGAGGAGCCCGGGGCGCGCAAGAGCGCGCGGCGCCGCCCGCAGUCCCAGGAGCUGUAGCCGCCGCGGGCCGAGGUCGCCGCCAUGGCGCGCUGGAUCCCGACCAAGAGGCAGAAGUACGGGGUUGUGAUCUAUAACUACAAUGCUUCUCAAGAUGUGGAGCUCUCCUUGCAGAUUGGUGACACGGUUCACAUCCUGGAGAUGUAUGAGGGUUGGUACAGAGGAUAUACCCUCCAGAAUAAAUCCAAAAAGGGUAUUUUCCCUGAAACAUACAUCCAUUUGAAAGAGGCCACUGUAGAAGACCGAGGGCAGCACGAGACGGUGAUUCCUGGGGAGCUCCCGCUGGUGCAGGAGCUCACAUGCACUCUGCGAGAAUGGGCCGUCAUCUGGCGCAAGCUCUACGUGAACAACAAGGUCACACUGUUCCGCCAGCUGCAGCAGAUGACCUACAGCCUGAUCGAGUGGCGCUCCCAAAUCCUGUCCGGAACACUCCCCAAGGACGAACUGGCAGAGCUUAAGAAGAAGGUCACGGCCAAAAUCGAUCAUGGGAACAGAAUGCUCGGGUUAGAUCUCGUAGUGCGAGAUGACAAUGGGAACAUCUUAGACCCAGAUGAAACUAGCACCAUCGCCCUCUUCAAGGCCCAUGAAGUGGCCUCAAAAAGGAUCGAGGAAAAGAUCCAAGAAGAAAAGUCCCUUCUGCAGAACCUAGACACACGGAACCAGGCCAUCUUCAGUGGCGCCCACACCUAUGGCCUCUAUGUGAACUUCAAGAACUUUGUCUGCAAUAUCGGGGAGGAUGCAGAGUUGUUCAUGGCCCUCUAUGACCCAGACCAGUCCACGUUCAUCAGUGAGAACUAUCUGAUUCGCUGGGGCAGCAACGGGAUGCCCAAGGAGAUAGAGAAGCUCAAUAACCUGCAAGCAGUGUUUUCCGACCUCAGCAGCACUGAUCUCAUCCGGCCUCGCAUCAGCCUCGUGUGUCAGAUCGUCCGCGUGGGCCGCAUGGAGCUGAAGGAGGGCAGGAAGCAUACCUGUGGGCUCCGCAGGCCUUUCGGAGUAGCAGUGAUGGAUAUUACUGAUGUCAUACACGGGAAGGUGGAUGAUGAAGAAAAACAGCAUUUUAUUCCCUUUCAGCAAAUUGCAAUGGAGACUUACAUCCGGCAGAGACAGCUCAUCAUGGCGCCUCUCAUGACAUCCAGUGUGAUUGGGGAGAAUGAGCCACUCACUUCCGUCUUGAAUAAAGUGAUAGCAACCAAGGAUGUGAAUCACAAAGGACAAGGGCUUUGGGUGUCCUUGAAGCUGUUGCCUGGUGACCUCACCCAGGUUCAGAAGAAUUUCUCACACUUGGUUGACAGAUCGACAGCAAUAGCCCGCAAAAUGGGCUUUCCUGAAAUAAUACUGCCAGGGGACGUUCGCAAUGACGUUUACGUCACCCUGAUCCAUGGCGAGUUUGACAAAGGGAAAAAGAAGACGCCCAAGAAUGUGGAGGUGACCAUGUCCGUGUUUGAUGAGGAGGGAAAGCUCUUAGAGAAAGCAAUUCAUCCUGGGGCUGGAUAUGAAGGCAUGUCGGAAUACAAAUCAGUAGUCUACUACCAAGUCAAGCAGCCCUGUUGGUAUGAGACCGUCAAGGUAUUCAUUGCUAUAGAGGAUGUCACACGCUGCCAUAUACGAUUUACCUUCCGACACAGGUCAUCCCAGGAAUCCAGAGAUAAAUCAGAGCGACCUUUUGGGGUGGCCUUCGUGAAACUGAUGAACGCCGAUGGGACCACGCUUCGGGACGGGAGGCACGACCUGGUGGUGUAUAAGGGUGACAACAAGAAGAUGGAAGAUGCUAAGUCCUACCUGAUGCUGCCUGGGACCAAGGUGGAGAUGGAAGAAAAGGAGUUCCAGGCAUCCAAAAACCCGACCGCCUUCACCCCCAGCAAGGACAGCACGAAGGACAGUUUUCAGAUCGCCACGCUCAUUUGCUCCACAAAGCUCACCCAGAACGUUGACCUGUUAGGGUUGUUAAAUUGGCGUUCCAACUCCCAGAACAUUAAACACAACCUAAAGAAGUUAAUGGAGGUGGAUGGAGGAGAGAUCGUUAAGUUUUUGCAAGAUACAUUAGAUGCACUUUUUAACAUUAUGAUGGAAAUGUCAGACAGUGAGAUGUACGACUUCCUUGUGUUUGAUGCAUUGGUAUUCAUCAUUUCACUGAUAGGAGACAUCAAGUUCCAGCAUUUUAAUCCUGUACUUGAAACCUACAUUUACAAGCACUUCAGUGCCACUUUAGCAUAUGUGAAACUCUCCAAGGUUCUGAACUUUUACGUGGCUAAUGCAGAAGACUCCAGCAAGACAGAAUUGCUUUUUGCCGCUUUGAAAGCCUUGAAGUAUUUGUUCAGGUUCAUCAUCCAGUCUCGAGUGCUGUACCUGAGAUUUUAUGGCCAGAGCGAAGAUGGGGAUGAAUUUAAUAACUCGAUCCGCCAGUUAUUUCUCUCCUUCAAUAUGCUGAUGGACAGGCCUCUGGAGGAAGCUGUGAAGAUCAAGGGGGCGGCUUUGAAGUAUCUUCCUGGCAUAAUUAAUGAUGUCAAACUUGUGUUUGAUCCCACUGAGCUCAGUGUGCUCUUCUGCAAGUUCAUUCAGAGCAUCCCAGACAACCAGUUAGUCCGGCAGAAGCUCAACUGCAUGACCAAGAUAGUGGAGAGCAGCCUUUUCCAGCAGUCGGAGUGCAGAGAGGUGCUGCUGCCCCUGCUGACGGACCAGCUCAGCGGCCAGCUGGACGACCACUCGAGCAAGCCCGACCACGAGGCCAGCUCUCAGCUCCUCAGCAGCAUCCUGGAGGUGCUGGACAGGAAGGAUGUGGGGCCCACAGCUGUGCACGUCCAGCUGAUCAUGGAGCGGCUGCUGAGGAGGAUCAACCGCACGGUGAUCGGGAUGAGCCGGCAGUGCCCCCACAUCGGCAGCUUUGUGGCCUGCAUGAUCACUGUCCUGCGGCAGAUGGAUGACAGCCACUACAGCCACUACAUCAGCACUUUCAAAACUAGGCAGGAUGUCAUGGACUUCCUCAUGGAGACUUUCAUCAUGUUUAAGGAUCUGAUCGGAAAGAACGUCUAUGCCAAAGACUGGAUGGUCAUGAACAUGACACAGAGCAGGGUGUUUCUCCGUGCAGUCAAUCAGUUUGCUGAGGUUCUCACGAGAUCCUUCAUGGACCAGGCAAGCUUUGAGCUGCAGCUCUGGAACAAUUAUUUCCAUUUGGCAGUGGCAUUUCUCACCCAUGAGUCCCUUCAACUUGAAACCUUCUCCCAAGCCAAACGCAACAAAAUUGUGAAAAAAUAUGGGGACAUGAGAAAGGAAAUCGGCUUUAGAAUCCGGGACAUGUGGUAUAACCUGGGUCCCCACAAAAUCAAAUUCAUCCCAUCCAUGGUGGGUCCUAUUCUGGAGGUCACUCUGACCCCAGAAGUGGAGCUCCGGAAAGCCACCAUCCCCAUUUUCUUUGACAUGAUGCAGUGUGAGUUCAAUUUCAGUGGAAAUGGCAAUUUCCAUAUGUUUGAGAAUGAGUUGAUCACAAAGCUGGACCAAGAGGUGGAAGGAGGCCGGGGAGAUGAGCAGUACAAGGUCCUUCUGGAGAAGCUGCUCCUGGAACAUUGCCGGAAACAUAAGUACCUCUCUGGCUCUGGGGAAGUCUUCGCCCUCCUGGUCAGCAGCCUCUUAGAGAACCUGUUGGAUUACAGAACCAUCGUCAUGCAGGAUGAGAGCAAGGAGAACCGCAUGAGCUGCACCGUGAAUGUGCUGAAUUUUUAUAAAGAAAAGAAGCGAGAAGACAUAUACAUCAGAUAUUUAUACAAGCUUCGAGAUCUGCACCGAGACUGUGAGAACUACACAGAAGCUGCCUACACACUGCUCUUACAUGCAGAGCUCCUGCAGUGGUCCGACAAGCCCUGUAUGCCCCAUUUGCUGCAGAGGGACAGUUACUAUGUUUAUACUCAGCAGGAACUGAAAGAGAAGCUAUACCAAGAAAUCAUAUCGUACUUUGACAAAGGCAAAAUGUGGGAGAAGGCCAUCAAACUGAGCAAGGAGUUGGCGGAGAACUACGAGAGCAAGAUAUUUGACUACGAGGGCCUUGGCAGCCUCCUGAAAAAAAGAGCCUCGUUUUAUGAGAACAUCAUUAAGGCCAUGAGGCCUCAGCCUGAAUACUUCGCCGUGGGGUACUAUGGACAAGGUUUUCCUUCUUUCCUGCGGAAUAAAAUCUUCAUCUACCGAGGGAAGGAGUAUGAGAGGCGAGAGGACUUCAGCCUGAGGGUGCUGACCCAGUUCCCCAGUGCCGAGAAGAUGACCAGUACCACACCCCCUGGAGAAGACAUCAAGAUGUCCCCAAAGCAGUACCUGCAGUGCUUCACUGUGAAGCCCGUGAUGAGCCUGCCACCCAGCUACAAGGACAAGCCAGUGCCUGAGCAGAUCUUAAACUACUACAGGGCCAAUGAAGUGCAGCAGUUCAGCUAUUCCCGGCCAUUCCGGAAAGGAGAAAAGGAUCCAGACAACGAAUUUGCUAACAUGUGGAUUGAAAGGACCACGUAUACAACAGCCUAUACCUUUCCUGGGAUUCUCAAGUGGUUCGAAGUCAAACACAUUUCAACAGAGGAAAUCAGCCCUUUGGAGAACGCCAUCGAAACCAUGGAGCUGACCAACGAGAAGAUCAGCAACUGCGUGCGGCAGCACGCCUGGGACCGCUCCCUUUCGGUGCACCCGCUCUCCAUGCUGCUCAACGGCAUCGUGGACCCAGCUGUCAUGGGGGGAUUCUCCAACUAUGAAAAGGCUUUCUUUACAGAAAGGUACCUACAGGAGCAUCCCGAGGACCAGGAGAAGGUAGAACUGCUGAAGAGGCUGAUAGCAUUACAGAUGCCUCUGCUCACAGAAGGGAUCCGCAUCCAUGGGGAGAAGCUGACAGAGCAGCUCAGGCCACUACAUGACCGGCUAUCUUUGUGCUUCCGGGAACUCAAGGAGAAAGUAGAAAAGCUCUAUGGAGUCAUCACACUGCCAACCAACUUUACAGAGAAGAAGCAGAGCCGCACGGGAUCCCUUGUGCUGCCCUACAUUAUGUCCUCUACUCUGCGGAGGCUGUCCGUCACCUCGGUGACCUCCUCGGUGCUUUCCACCUCUUCCAACUCCUCUGAUAAUGCUCCUUCCAGGCCAGGAUCUGACGGGUCAGUCCUGGAGCCGCUUUUUGAGCUCAGGGCUUCAUCAGGUGCCAGAGUUGAAGACCUGUCCCUCAGAGAGGAUGGCGAGAGCCGGACUGCCAAGUUCAAGAGGAAAGACUGGAGUCUGAGCAAGUCCCAGCUCAUUUCAGAGAAGGCUCCAGACCCUGACCUGACGAGCCCAGCCAAAAAGAUCCAAAGGCCCAAGAGUCUCCAGCUGGUGGACACUCGCUUAACACCGUUCCACAGCUCUGCGCCGGCUCAGUCCACUCCCCUGAGCCCUCCUCCACUCACACCUAAGGCGACCAGGACCUUAAGCUCCCCGUCUUUGCAGACAGAUGAGCUGGUGGCUUCUGUUCCACCUCCACCUCCCCCCAAAAGCAAGCCCUAUGAGAGCAGCCAGCGGAACUCCAAUGAGGUCGCGCCCCCCUUGCCUAUACGAAGAGAAGCCAAAGCCCCACCCCCACCCCCUCCAAAGGCCCGGAAGUCUGGCAUCGUUUCUUCUGAGCUUGGAUCCCAGUGAGAAUUUUCCCCUUGCUCUGCAACUCCGAGUGCCUUGGACAGCUGCUGCCUGAAACCCGGUCUCCCCAGGCUGUGUCCUCGGGACCCAGCGCUCCCUGCCGGCUGCCUUUCCUGACGUGGGGUGAUGUUUACUAGCUUAAAACUGGGUUUGUUCUUUUGGAAGCUUCUCUUUCAUGAAUGUCUGGGUCUAUGCGGCCCGCUCAGCCCAUGAGGCAUCCCGGAACUGGCCGUUUCCUGUGCAUUUUUCAAAGGGUCGUUCUCCUUCACCGUGAUUACCUUUCAGCCUCUGCCGCAGUCACUGGCACAUGCACCUGUCCUUCUGCCACCCCGGAAGUCUGCUCCUGGAUGCGCUUCUUGCUUUGCUUCUGAAAAGCUGCACUCGAGACUUCGUUGCUCCUCUUACACGUGCGUCCCUGUCCCAUCCACCCUCUUGGGAAGGAUGGACACCAAGUCCUCUCUGGGAGCCCACACGGUCCUCUCUCUCAUGUCUGCUGUGUCUCUUUUGAGGCAAAAAUACAUUUUUAAUGGAAAUUUACUGCUUUCAGGCAUAAAUAGCAAAUAACCACUGAAAAAUGAUGGACUCACAUUGGGCCGCACUCCUGACCAUUGGCCUGCACGGCACAAACCCCUUAGGGCUCCUUUGCACAGUGUCUUGUCCUGUCCCUCCUCUGAGCUCAAGUGCCCGGCUGUAAGAGACCUAGGAAUCCACGGCCAACAGCAUUUUGUCCAGAUCCCAUUCAGAUGGCCCAGCCAGUAGCCUCUGUCUGCUACCUGAUUUUACCCUGGAGAAUACAGUGCAAUAUUUCGCCUUGAUUAUUUAUUCCUCUUGAUCCUGGCUUUAAUUUGCUAAUGGUACUAAUGUCAGUACUCCUUUCAGAAGAAUAAGUGGAGUGUUUUGGAUGACCAGAUAAUACAUACUCAACAGUAGUCACAUGAAGUUACAGACGUAUUGAGCUAGAAGUGUUUUCAAGGUCAUGGAAAAAACCCUCCAUGUUGUAGAUAAGGAAACUGGGGCUACACGAAGAAAGUGGUAGUACAGAUUUUUACUCAUAGCUCAGCUUGCUAACGGGCUAUACCCAGAAAAUGCCUAGAUCUAGAGGACAUCUCUGACAGCAUCAUCAAUGCCUAACCCUAGGUGAAACAACAUUGGGAAGGCUCCCAAUAUUUUUAUAGUCCUUAGGUGUUGAUGUCAAUGUCCAAAUAAGGGGACCCCUCCAGCAGUCUCCCUGACCUUGCCCAGAAUCCUUUUCUCCAAAGUUAAGAGAACAAAGAAAGCAGCGGUUGCAGCUGGGAGGCCCUGCACUUGCCUGCCUGCCUGCCUGCCUGCCUGCCUGUUUGCAUUCCUCGUUUCUCCCCGACCCCUGUCAGGAGCCGCACACCCGUUCAUCGCAAGGAAGAACGGAGGUGGAGGAAGCAGCAGCCUCUGAGCAAAGUCCAUUGCAUUCCUCACGAAAUUACUAUGCAUAUUCUAGAAAUGGCACAGAAAUCUUUAUUCUUUCUCCUGCCUGGGAAAACCUACACUGUGAUCAUGGGGAAAAAAACCCAAAAACAUGGACUUCGGAAUGGAACCUGUUUGGUUUCAAGUCCCAGCCACAUCACCUGUUAACUUUGCAAACUCUCUCCAAGCAUCUGAAGUUCUUUGAGCAUUCCUUUUCUCACUUUCCAAAUGAGGACGGUAGCUUCCACUCCGGCUGCUGUGGGGUUCUGGUGGGCUGGAGAAUGUGAAGGAGGAGCCCUCACACCACGGCCCUUUCUUUCUCUGCUAGGCCUGAGUGAGAUCCAGAACUCGCUAAGGGCAUUGUUGAUAUUCUUUAUUUUAUUUUUAUUUAAUUUUUUUUUUUUUUUUUGGUACCAGGGAUCAAACUUGGGACGUUGCACUUGUGAGGCAGGCGCCAGAACCACUGAGCUAAAUCCCCAGCCCUUGAGCUCUUUAUUUUAAUUCAAGGUGAUUUGGGAUGUGAGUGUGGGUUGGUUCCGGACAUACAGUCCUUCUCAGAGCAUGCUGUCUUUUAUAUAGUUAUUUGUAACCAGAGAGAGUACUAAUAGGAAUUGAAGAGGAUUUGAAGUGGAAGGAAUUUCCCUGCAGAGAAAAGUUAAGAAGACCUCCAUGGUGCCUAGGACUACCUCUGAAAAGUCACCUAAUAGGCUGGCCGGAAGGGAUUUGUCUCACUCUACUUGUCAGACUGCCAUUAAAAUGGAAAAAUAUAAAUAGGGCAAAUAGAAAUCCCAAACCUCCUGCCUAUGCUCCCAGCGCAGUAUAAGUGAGCCCUCAGUCUGGUCUUUCAGCAGAGGCUGGGAGUUCGGAUCCAUCAGUGCCUCACUACAUUCCUUUUGUAACAGGAUCUGUUUUUCCAUCUGCUGCCCUUGCCAUGUUAAUGAAAACAAUAGCUCUCAACAGUCUGAACACAGCAGAUUCCAGGUAAUGUUUUGGAUAUCAGAUUAUAGAGGACACAGGAAGGUUCAUUUCCUUGGGAAUUUAUGUAGUAGGAAAGAGUCGUAUUUGAUAAAAAUACAUAUAUAAUGUCCACCCUGAAGUCAAAGAGGAGACUGCAAAGAAGUUCCUUAUGACUACAUUAAGUAUAGACUAGAUGAGAAACAGGAAGACAAAAGUUUCUAUUUUUUCUUGCUAAGAUCUCUGGAAUAUUGAAAGACAUUGAAUUAUCUCCCAAAAUGUCACAGCCUUCGUGAAUAUUGGCUAUGGUUGGUUGCUUUGUGGUGGUCUUUAUUCUUUUUUUUUUCCCCUCACUCUGCCUAUGACCUGAUGACUUGUCUUGCUUUGGGAUAUUUAUUCAAUUGUUUCAUUCAACAUGCAUGAAGUUUUUAUGGAGGUCAGAUGCCAGCCCUAGUACUAGCCCUUCGGGAUGUGGCAGGGGAACAUGUUCAGUGCAAACAUCCCAGCGUACAAGGAUACUGGUACUCACUGAGGUGGGUGGUGGGAUUGCAGAGUUGGGACGUUAAGUGAAAACGGACCCUAAGAAAGACUACAGGAGGAAUCUUUUCCCUCGUCUCAGCCUUCACCCUUGACUCCAGACUCAGUCAUUUUCUCCCACCAGGGCGAUCCAUUAACAACACAGCACAUUGCACAUCCGUAAGAUAAACCAAGAUUUGAGCAGGACUUGAGAUAACAACCUGCAUUCACUAGCUCUUUCAAAACGCAAGUGUCUUUCCCUAGUUGGCUCCAGAGAGGGUGUGGCUUAUUUUAAAAUUGAGACACAAUUUAUAUAAAGCGCACAUACUUCAGGCGUGUGGGUGGAUGGGUCUUCAGAUUGCUAGACACGCAGGUCAGCACCUCUCAGACACAGACAUGACUUUAUCUAGCACACCUGAAGGUGCCCAAGUGCCCAAGGCCCCGUGUAAGGCAUUUGGAAAGUCCUUUGAGAUUUGUGCCUUCCUCCCUAAAACUUCUCAGGUAUGGUGAAGAGGGGAGAAAAAAUCCCACCAUCAAUGCAAAUUAAGAUUGUAAAGAUGUUGUACCUUUUAGCAAGUGAAUUCUUAGUCACUCUGUGACCCUGUUCCCUCAUCCUUAAUUAUAUAUUUGAGGCUGCAUGAUUUUUAGUCCUUUCAGUUCUUGCUUCUAAGUGAACCAAAAGAGAAAGUGAGUCACGAGAAAACUGUACAAAGGCUUUCAGGUUCGUGAACUGGACUGCCCAUUUUUUUAAUCCUAAAUUGGUGCUUUGACCCUCCCAUACCUUGACAGUUAAGAUCAAAAGGUUUGUGAAUAUUGUAAUAAUGAGUCUAGCACAUUUUUUUACAAUAUUGACCUAAGUUAGCGUGAUUGUCUGCAGCAACCUGUAAGUGUCAUUCAGACCCAAGCAGUCUUCAGAUCUCAGCAGCCCAGCCUACCACGUCUAGACUUCCGGUGCAUUUUAAUAAUUGUGCCUCCCUUUUCUGUGUGAUUUAGGAAGAUCAUAAACAUUACUUCCUUGGAAACUUUCAUUCUGCUCUAAGACUGUUACUUAAAUUAGGAAAAGUGAGGUUUCUCCUCCAGUGGGCUCAGAGUUGCAGCAUCAGUUCUGAUCUCCGAAGGAACAUGUUUUCCCUCAGGUUAAGGGCUCCACACUGGUUCGUUUGGGGGGGGGGGGCGGUUACUGGGGAUCGAACUCAAGACCUUGCACUUGCAAGGCAGGUGCGGUGCCACUGAGCUAAAUCCUCGGCCCACCAUACUGAUUCUUCAGAUCCAGCCAAAGCUGGUCUCUCACAUAUGCUGCCAGACUCACCUGUUCAGUCAUCUUUUGGAGUUGUUCAGCCUUUAUCCAUAAUACCAUGAUUUUGUAACUAGUUGGGUUUCAAAAAUGACCAGUUAGGAAGAUGUGCAUUGAAGUAGAUGAGUUUUAUUCAGAUUUGCUGUUAUUUAUUUUUUAAAUUAAAAAUGGAACUGUAUUUUAAAACUUA